AUGAAUUACACAUUGGAAGCUUUGCUGGCAUCACUUUUGUGGGUUUCAUCUGGCGAAAUAACUGAGUCGAGCGGAUCUCUGAAGCAAGUUGCCCUGGCCUUUCGAGCCGCGACAGCGGUACUUUCAAGCUGAAAAUCGAGUUUAUUUGUCGGAGCAGACCGGAGAGUACGUGAACGCCAUCGUGACUGUCGUCGACGUCUACGGUGAUGCGACGACCUACGCCUUCUCUCCCGAUAACGACUCUUCCACUGACUUUUUGUGAGCUUUUCGCAUUUUAUUUUUGAAAAAUGCACGAGAAGGUACGAGCAUCCGUUACCUGAGAUAACCUACACUGCGAAGCCUCUCGAAGACGCCUUUUCUUUUUUUGUCGCAUCUCUUCUGAACGUCAGCCUUGUUGGCGAGGCCAGAAUCGUUGCUGUGAGUCUUCUGAACGUCUCUGUCGUCGCCUAUUAGCCCUUUUCAGAACAAACUUACUUCAUCCAUGAACACGACUUUGGAUUCUCUUCUCUUGGAACCCAACAUGACGCUGCCGAUUAUAAAUGCUUUCCAUUUCAGUACCUACGACGUUUCUCUGAUUCGAAGACUGUUAGAAGUUACUGUCCAUCAGCCUGAGCGAAUCCGCAUUUCUUUCUUCUCCUUUGCAGAAAGAAUGAUGAAGCUCAUCGACAACAGCGUGCUGGAUAUCCCAAAAGUGAGACUGACUCUUGUCCUUUGAAUCAAUGACGUCAAAGGUGAGACGCACGAGCAGACUUCUGAUGGACGGCAUCCAAUGUGACGCCAAAGACGAGCAACUUCUGAAUCUCUCUUCCAAAACCAUCCAACUCCGUUCCUUAACAUUGACUAGUGCCUCUAUCAACACGAUCCUUAAGGUUGGUCCCGGGAAAAGUCCUAAUUUUUUUGAAAAGCACUGGAAAUUCGCUCAAAUCACGAGCAAUUAGUUGUUUUCGGCGAGGCAGGUGUCGCAAAUGUCAACGUUUCGAGUUUUUCAGGACUGAUGGCAUAAAAGCAGCCCAAAAAACUCCUCUUUUUAUUCCUAAGCUAUUAAAAAAAGUUCAAUAAUGUGUUUAAAAACUUUAUCAGAAUACUUGGAGCUGGUUUUUGAAUGCGAACAUACUUUAUUCACCUCGCUCGUCGCAUAAAUUUCUACUAAUUUCGAAGUUAAAAACUCUGCUACGAAAAUAAUGCGUCAAUGACUGUUUUUGUAAGAAAUGUCUCGUAUUAGCUAAAAAAGUUCAGAUUUUUCUAGCACUGGCAAGACGGCAGCCGUGAAUUGGAAAAUUUGCGGAUUGUUACCGACGAUCUGCAGCGAGCUGAAGUGAUGACAGGCGUCCAGAAAAAGUUAUUAUUCAUCUCUAUCGAACCAAUUUUUCCUUUAGGACGAUAUCGCGCAACGUGUGGCGCGUGCGAAAUCGCGCCGGCGUCGUUGGCACAGUUUCAAUCAGCCGAUCUCCAACAAUAAUGUUCGACCCCAAGCCCACUUUUGAAUUCUCAAUUAAUCCCAUUUUCAUGUCCUGA